GGUUUUCUUUCUUUCUCCAAUCCUCUACAUAUCUCUCUCUCUCUCUCUCUCUACACUCUCUCAACUCUCACUUCAAUUCUCUCUCGUUCCCUUCUGCAAAUUCCGAAUUUCCUCUCAUCUUGAUUCCAGGAUCAAUUCUCGAUUCUUCUCUAGGGAAUUGAUCGAACCGUUUUUCUCUGAUUCCUGCGAUGCUCUCUGUUCUUCCCAGAUGAAGUUCAAGCGGAAGCGGGCACUCGAAGUGCCUCCAAAAAUUAAAUGCUUCAUUAAUUUUGUUACUUCAGUUCCACUUGAGAAGAUAGAAGAACCUUUAAAGAGCUUUGUUUGGGAGUUUGAUAAGGGAGAUUUUCAUCACUGGGUUGAUCUUUUUAACCAUUUUGAUUCAUUCUUUGAGAAGUAUGUAAAACCAAGGAAGGAUCUGCAGAUUGAUGAUGAUUUUCUGGAUUCAGACCCUCCCUUCCCCAGAGAAGCUGUUCUUCAAAUUCUUCGUGUCAUUAAAAUAAUUUUGGAUAAUUGCACAAAUAAGCAUUUCUAUAGUUCAUAUGAGCAGCAUCUUUCAGCGUUGCUUGCUUCGACUGAUCCAGAUGUGGUUGAGGCUAGUCUGGACACUUUGGCUACCUUUUUGAAGAAAACAGUUGGAAAGUACUCCAUUCGAGAUGCCUCUUUGAAUUCAAAAUUGUAUGCUCUUGCACAAGGAUGGGGUGGAAAGGAAGAGGGACUUGGGCUAAUUGCAUCAGCUGCACCUAAUGGCUGUGACCCCACUGCUUAUGAAUUGGGUGGUACCCUUCAUUUUGAGUUUUAUGCAGUAAAUGAGUCUGAAAGUGAUAGCAAAGGGGCUGAACCUUUGGUCCAAGGGUUGCAAAUUAUUCACUUAUCUGACAUCAACAAAAGUGUGGAAACUGAUCUUGAGCUUUUGCACAAGUUAGUUACAGAAUAUAAGGUGCCUGCCAGUUUAAGAUUUUCUUUGUUGACAAGAUUGCGGUUUGCUAGGGCUUUUGGUUCUUUCGCUUCUAGACAGCAAUACACAUGCAUUCGCUUGUAUGCUUUCGUAGUGCUCAUUCAAGCUUGUGCUGACGCUGAUGAUCUGGUUUCAUUCUUUAAUGCUGAGCCUGGAUUUAUCAAUGAAUUAGUAUCACUGCUGAGCUAUGAAGAUACGGUUUUGGAAAAAAUCAGGAUUUUAUGUUUGCAUUCUUUAGCUGCUCUUUGCCAAGAUCGUUCGCGUCAACCUUCAGUACUGACUGCAGUUACAUCUGGUGGGCACCGUGGCAUUUUGUCUAGCCUGAUGCAAAAAGCCAUUGACUCUGUUAUUGGUGAGACUUCAAGAUGGUCAGUUCAUUUUGCAGAAGCUCUGUUAUCUCUUGUCACUGUGUUGGUUUCAUCAUCUUCAGGAUGCUCUGCCAUGCGUGAAGCAGGAUUUAUUCCUACACUGCUACCUCUGCUUAAAGAUACAAAUCCUCAGCACUUGCAUCUGGUUGAAAAAGCUGUUCGCAUUUUAGAAGCUUUUAUGGAUUACAGUAAUCCAGCUGCGGCAUUGUUCAGAGAUUUGGGAGGUUUGGAUGAUACCAUUUCUCGUCUGAAGAUUGAAGUCUCUCAUGUAGAAAAUGGUGGAAAACAGCCAAAUGAAAAUGAGUCUAGUAGAAGUGUACAUAUGGUUGGAAGUUCUUCAGCUGCUCAAGAUGAUAUGCUACCAUUAUAUUCUGAACCAUUAAUUUCGUAUCACCGGCGAUUGCUGAUGAAAGCUUUAUUGCGUGCUAUAUCCCUUGGAACUUAUGCCCCCGGAAAUACUGCUCGUAUAUAUGGAUCUGAAGAGAAUGUGCUUCCUCAUUGCUUAUGUAUAAUUUUCAGACGAGCGAAAGAUUUUGGUGGAGGAGUUUUCUCGCUUGCAGCAACUGUCAUGAGUGACUUAAUACAAAAGGAUCCUACUUGUUUUCCUGUCUUAGAUGCAGCUGGCCUUCCAUCUUCCUUCUUGGAUGCUAUAAUGGAUGAUGUUCUGAACUCUGCAGAAGCCAUUACGUGCAUCCCCCAGUGUUUGGAUGCCUUAUGCUUAAAUAGUAACGGUCUCCAGGCUGUGAAAGACAGGAACUCUUUGAGGUGUUUUGUAAAAGUGUUUACUUCUAGAACAUAUUUGCGCGCUCUUACAGGGGACACACCUGCAUCCUUGUCUAGUGGACUGGAUGAAUUAAUGCGCCAUGCUUCUUCAUUACGUGGGCCUGGAGUUGAUAUGUUAGUUGAGAUUCUGGAAGCUGUCUCAAAAAUUGGUUCUGCAGGGGAUCAUCCCUCAUCUUCUCGUCCUGAACCUUGCUCUUCAACCUCUGUUCCUAUGGAAAUGGAUGGUGGGGACAAGAAUUUGAUCAUGCCUGAUAGUAAGGAGUCAUCCAAGGCAGUUGAAACAGAGCAGAUUACUGAGCCAUCUCCUGAUGCAUCAAUAAUGAACAUUGAGUCAUUUCUUCCUGAUUGUGUAAACAAUAUUGCUCGCCUGCUUGAGACAAUUCUUCAGAAUGCUGAUACAUGUCGAAUAUUUGUUGAGAAAAAGGGGAUUGAAGCUAUUCUCCAGUUAUUUACCUUGCCUUUAAUGCCUCCUUCUGUUUCGGUUGGACAGAGCAUCUCCAUUGCCUUCAAGAAUUUCUCCCCGCAGCAUUAUGUUUCACUUGCUCGGGCUGUAUGCUCCUUCUUGAGGGAACAUCUGAAAUCUACCAAUGAGCUUUUAGAUUCAGUGGAAGGGACUCAGCUUGCUCUUGUUGAAUCUUCAAAGCAGACAAAGGUGUUGAAAUAUCUUUCUACCCUUGAAGGGGUCUUAACUCUUUCUGUAUUUUUGUUGAAGGGAACAACUACUGUGGUCUCUGAACUAAGCACCUCAGAUGCCGAUGUAUUAAAAGAUAUUGGGAGGACAUACAAAGAAAUAAUUUGGCAAAUAUCUUUGUGUAAUGAUUCCAAGGCAGAGGAAAAGAAGAAUACUGAUCAAGAACCUGAUAUUUCACAGGGACCUUCAUCUACUGCUGUUGAAAGAGAGAGUGAUGAUGAUACAAAUAUCCAGACAGUGCGAUACACGAACCCAGUUUUUGCUAGGAAUGGUUCACAUUCCAUGUGGAGUGCAGAUCGGGAGUUUCUAUCUGUAGUUCGUUCUGGAGAAACUUUACGCCGCCAUACUCGACAGGGGAUAGUUCGCUUACGGGGUGGACGGUCUGGUCGUCACUUGGGUCGCUUGGAAGCUUCGAACAUCGACUCUGAAGCAUCUUCUAGUGCACUGGAGGCACCUUUAUCUCAAGAUUUGAAAAAGAAAAGCCCUGAUGUUCUUGUGUCAGAGAUUCUUAAUAAGUUGGCUUCAACUUUGCGCUCUUUCUUCACUGCCCUUGUCAAGGGAUUCACAUCACCUAAUCGUCGUAGAGCUGACGCAGGGUCACUUAGCUCAGCUUCAAAGACUCUUGGAACUGUUUUAGCAACUAAUUUUCUUGAGGCUCUUAGUUUUUCUGGGCACUCUACUUAUGCUGGACUUGAAAUGUCACUUUCUGUGAAAUGUAGAUAUCUUGGUAAAGUUGUGGAUGAUAUGGCAGCUCUCACAUUUGACAGCAGGCGUCGGAGUUGUUAUACUGCCAUGGUUAAUAAUUUUUAUGUACAUGGAACAUUUAAAGAGCUACUGACAACAUUUGAAGCUACUAGCCAGUUGCUAUGGACCCUUCCAUACUCAUAUCCGUCAUCUGAUGUGGAUAUUGGAAAGAAAGGAGAAGGAGCUAAUUUGUCCCAUAAUACAUGGCUACUUGAUACCUUACAAAGCUACUGUCGUUUACUCGAGUAUUUUGUAAACUCUUCUCUACUUUUGUCCCCAACCUCGGCAUCUCAGGCAGAGCUUCUUGUUCAGCCAGUUGCAGUUGGCCUGUCAAUUGGACUCUUUCCAGUUCCUAGAGACCCAGAGGUUUUUGUUCGUAUGCUGCAAUCUCAGGUUCUGGAUGUGGUCCUACCAGUCUGGAAUCAUCCCAUGUUUUGUAAUUGUAGUCCUGGUUUCAUUGCAUCUGUUAUUUCACUGGUUACACAUGUAUACUCUGGUGUUGGAGAUGUGAAGCGGAAUCGUAGUAACAUUGUCGCAAGUGCAAACCGUUUCAUUCCCCCGCCACCUGAUGAGGCCACCAUUGGCACCAUUGUUGAGAUGGGGUUUUCAAGGGCAAGGGCUGAGGAAGCGCUGAGAAGAGUUGAAACAAAUAGUGUUGAAAUGGCGAUGGAGUGGCUGUUUAAUCAUGCUGAUGAUCCUGUCCAGGAGGAUGAUGAACUUGCACGGGCACUUGCUCUGUCCCUUGGAAGUAGUUCUGAAACUACUAAAGUUGAUAGUGCUGAGAAAACUAUAGAUGUCCUGACUGAAGAGGGACAUAUGAAAAAACCUCCAGUUGAUGAUAUACUUACUGCAUCUGUGAAAUUGUUUCCAAGCAGUGAUUCAGUGGCAUUUCAGUUGACAGAUUUGCUUGUAACACUUUGCAGUCAGAACAAAGGUGAUGACCGUCCAAAAGUAAUAUCCUAUCUUCUGCAGCAGCUCAAACUUUGUCCAUUGGACUUUUCCAAGGAUAACUGUGCACUGAGUGUGUUGGCACAUAUUAUAGCACUACUACUUUUUGAGGAUGGAAGUACACGGGAGAUUGCUGCUCAGAAUGGAAUUAUAUCUACUGUCAUAGAUAUCUUGUCAAACUUCAUAGGCAGACGUGAGUUGGGGAAUGAACUACCAGUCCCUAAAUGCAUUAGUUCUUUGCUACUUAUAUUGGAUCAAAUGCUGCAGUCAAGGCCGAAAACUGAAAAUAUAGAAGGAACUCAAACUGGAUCCCUGCCUGAUUCCUCCGUGGAGCAUGGUUCCCUGCAAUUUCCAGAUACAGUUUUGAAGAGAGAAAAUAAUGUCAAUGGGGAUGAGAAAGAGCCUGGCAUAGCUUUUGAGAAUAUACUCGGGAAGUCGACUGGCUUUGCAACUAUUGAUGAGGGUCAUAAGUUGCUGGAUAUUGCAUGUGAUUUGAUAAAACUGCAUGUCCCUGCUAUGGUUAUGCAGGCUGUUCUACAGUUAUGUGCUCGGCUAACAAAAACACAUGCUUUAGCUUUACAGUUCCUUGAAAGUGGAGGUCUGUCUGCUCUUUUUAGUCUUCCAAGGAAUUGCUUUUUCCCAGGGUAUGACACUGUUGUAUCAGCUAUAGUCCGGCAUCUCCUUGAAGAUCCUCAAACACUACAAACUGCCAUGGAAUUAGAGAUACGGCAAGCUUUAAGUGGGAAUCGCCAUUCAGGGCGUGUCUCUUCUCGAUCAUUUUUGACAUCUUUAGCACCUGUUAUCUCUAGAGAUCCUAUGGUUUUCAUGAAAGCUGCAGCUGCAGUUUGUCAAUUAGAGACAUCAGGGGGGAGGACAUUAGUGGUUUUAUCCAAGGAGAAAGAAAAGGAAAAAACAAAAUCAUCAAGUGUUGAGGUUGGGUUAUCUUCAAAUGAAUGUGUCCGGAUACCUGAAAGCAAGUCAAAUGAUGGAUCAGGAAAAUGUUUGAAAAGCCACAAAAAGGUUCCUGUUAAUCUCACUCAAGUAAUUGAUCAGCUUCUUGAGAUUGUUCUGAAGUACCCACUAAUGAAAAGCCAGGGUGAUUCUGAGUGUGACUCAACUUUCAUGGAUAUAGAUGAACCUAACAUGAAGGUGAAGGGUAAAUCGAAGGUUGAAGAGGCAGGGAUAUUAGAGCCUGAGUCUGAAAGGUCUACAGGACUUGUGAAGGUGACUUUUGUUCUCAAGUUAUUGAGUGACAUUCUUUUAAUGUAUGGGCAUGCAGUAGGUGUCAUACUCAGACGUGAUUCUGAAAUGUGUCAGUUCCGGGGAUCUAAUCAACCAUCUGGACAGAAUGGUAUUAUCCAUCAUGUAUUACAUCAGUUGCUACCCCUCUCUGUUGACAAAUCUGCAGGCCCUGAUGAUUGGAGAGGUAAGUUGUCUGAAAAGGCUUCAUGGUUCCUAGUUGUUUUGUGUGGUCGGUCUAGUGAAGGGCGAAAGCGAGUGACAAGUGAACUAGUUAAAGAAUUGAUGUCCUUUUCAAAUUUUGAGAGCAAUUCAAUGAAAAGUAGCUUGUUGCCAGAUAAAAGGCUUUUUACUUUUGUUGAUCUUGUGUACUCUAUUUUGUCAAAAAAUUCAUCAUCUGGUAGCUUACCUGGUUCUGGAUAUUCACCUGAUAUUGCAAAAAGCAUGAUAGAUGGUGGAAUCAUUCAGUGUCUAACCAGUAUCCUGCAAGUGGUUGAUUUGGAUCAUCCCGAUGCACCAAAAAUUGCGAAUCUUAUACUUAAAGGAUUGGAAGGUCUGACAAGAGCUGCUAAUGCGAGUGAGCAAAUAUUUAAAUCUGACGGGACUGAAAAGAGAAGAUCUGCUGGUUUAAAUGAGGGAUCUGAUGUUCAAAUAACAGCGCCAUCUGCUGUUGAAAUAGUGACACAAAAUCAGAAUGGGGGCGGUCAAGAAGCACUCCAGGAUACAAUGGAUGAUGCACAUGAUCAGGGAACUUCUCAAGGUGAUGAACAUGCUGAUAAUCCAAAUCAAUCAGUGGAACAGGAUAUGAGAGUUGAACAAGGGGAGACGAUGGCUCAAAACCCACCAGUGGAACUUGGAAUGGACUUCAUGCGUGAAGAGAUGGGAGACGGUGGUGUAUUGCACAACCCAGAUCAAAUCGAGAUGACUUUUCAUGUUGAGAAUAGGGCAGAUGAUGACAUGGGUGAUGAGGAUGAUGAUAUGGGUGAUGAUGGAGAUGAUGACGAGGAUGAUGAUGAAGGAGAGGAUGAAGACGAGGAUAUAGCAGAAGAUGGUGGGGGCAUGAUGUCCUUGGCUGAUACUGAUGUGGAGGAUCAUGAAGAUGCUGGCUUGGGAGAUGAAUACAAUGAUGAGAUGAUUGAUGAAGAUGAUGAUGAUUUUCAUGAGAAUCGUGUCAUAGAGGUAAGGUGGAGGGAAGCUCUUGAUGGAUUGGAUCACUUGCAGAUACUUGGGCAACCGGGAACUGCAGGUGGCCUUAUAGAUGUUGCUGCUGAACCGUUUGAAGGGGUUAAUGUGGAUGACCUUUUUCGUCUUCAAAGUUUUGAACGUCGCCGCCAGACAGGUAGGUCUUCAUUUGAGAGACCUGCUACUGAAAUAAAUGGUUUUCAACAUCCUCUCCUUGUAAGGCCUCCACAAUCUGGUGAUUUUGUCUCGAUGUGGUCAUCAGGCGGUAAUUCUGCAUCCCAGGAUUCAGAAACUUUGUCAUCUGGUAGUCUUGAUGUGACCCAUUUUUACAUGUUUGAUGCACCUAUUCUUCCAUAUGAUCAUGUGCCAAGUAGUCUGUUCGGAGAUCGUCUGGGUGGUGCAGCACCCCCACCUCUGACAGAUUAUUCUGUGGGUAUGGGCUCAUUGCACGUACCUGGAAGAAGAGUGUUAGGUAAUGGUAGGUGGACUGAUGAUGGCCAGCCCCAAGGAAGUGCUCAAGCGGCUACCGUUGCCCAAGCAGUGGAGGAACAAUUCUUAGCUCAAAUGCGGAGCUUAGCUCCUGCUAGCAGACCUGUUGAGCGUCAGUUGCAGAGUUCUGGAGAACAAGAGAAGCAAUCUGAUACUCUUCCAUCACAUGAUGGUCCAACAUUGACUGCUGGAACUGACUCUGCCUGUCAGCAGAUAGAAGGUCAGGAGCAUGAAAAUGGUAAUGGAUCAACAGCGCAGCAAAUCAACCUAUCUGUCGACGGUGCUCGUUGUGAGGAAGAGAUAAAUGUAGACUCUGGUGUCCAAGAUACAUGUGGAGACCUGCAAGCUAAUGAGCCGAUGUCAGUUCAACCACUUUCACUGAACAUCAUUCCAAAUGGUGUUGAUUGCACAGGAAAUGAAAUAAAUGCCACUUCCAGUGAGAAUGUAGCAAUAACCCAGGUGUUUGUCAACUCAUCUGGUAAUUCUAAUGCUGAUCUACAAUGUGAAAGGGGUGGUGAUGUACCAACUAGCAUCCAUGAUGUACCAGCUGUGCCAAUGGGCUGCAAUGGAUCAUCAACUGCUGAUGGGCAGCCUACUAAUCUUCAGUUCAUAGGAUCUGGUUCUGAGACUCCUAAUCCAAGUGAUUGCAACACAUCAUCAGUUUAUGCUAGUAUUGAUAUUGAUAUGAGUAGUGUUGAUGCUGAAGGAAAUCAAUCAGAGCAACCAGCUAUUUCUGAUGAUAGGAGGGAUGAGCUGUUACCAACUCAGAACACAGGGGUUGCUCCAGAAGCUACUCAGGCUGACCAAACUAGUGCAAAUAAUGAAGCUGCUGGUGCUAAUACAAGUGCUAAUUCAAUUGACCCAACCUUUCUGGAGGCUUUGCCUGAAGAUCUAAGGGCAGAAGUUCUGGCAUCCCAGCAAGCUCAAUCUGUUCAACCUCCAGCUUAUGCACCACCUUCUGCAGAAGAUAUUGACCCUGAGUUUUUAGCUGCUCUUCCUCCAGAUAUUCAAGCAGAGGUUUUGGCUCAACAAAGAGCUCAAAGGGUUGCCCUACAGGCUGAAGGACAGCCAGUUGACAUGGAUAAUGCAUCUAUAAUUGCUACUUUUCCUGCUGAUUUGCGUGAAGAGGUACUUCUAACUUCUUCUGAAGCUGUUCUGUCGGCACUGCCAUCUCCAUUGCUAGCUGAAGCUCAAAUAUUGAGGGACCGAGCAAUGAGCCAUUAUCAAGCUCGCAGCCUUUUUGGGAGCAGUCACAGGCUUAAUAAUCGAAGAAAUGGUCUGGGAUUUGACCGGCGACCUGUGAUGGAUAGGGGUGUUGGAGUUACAAUAGGCAGGAGGUCUGCUAUUACAGAUACCUUGAAGAUGAACGAGAUUGAAGGUGAACCACUACUUGACGCAAAUGCAUUAAAAGCUUUGAUCCGGCUUCUACGAUUGGCACAGCCGCUUGGAAAAGGCCUUCUACAGAGGCUCUUAUUGAACCUAUGUGCCCACAGUGCUACGAGGGCCACUCUUACUUAUCUUUUGCUUGAUAUGAUUAAGCCGGAAGCUGAAGGCUCUUUGAGUAGACAAGAAACAUUAAAUUCUCUGAGGCUUUAUGGUUGUCAUUCAAAUACAGUUUAUGGCCGAUCUCAACUUUUGGACGCAGGUCUUCCUCCCCUUGUGUUUCGCCGAAUUCUUGAGAUUCUGACUUACUUGGCCACAAAUCAUUCUGCUGUUGCAAAAAUGUUGUUUUACUUUGACCAAUCAAUUAUCGCAGAUUCUUUAACUACAUUUGUGCCUCAUAUGAAUGAUAAAGGGAAGGAAAAGGUUAUUGAAGGUGGACCUUCACCGAAACCAUCUGGAACUCAGGCAGGGGAUGUUCCCCUUGUUCUCUUUUUGAAGCUCUUGAAUCGACCCCUGUUUUUACGCAGCACUGCUCAUCUUGAGCAGGUGAUGGGUCUGAUUCAAGUGGUGGUUGAUACUGCAGCAUCAAAAUUAGAAAGUCAAUCUCAGUCUCGAAAAGCAUUGGCAAACACCCAAAAUUUGUCAGUCAAUGAAGCCUCCGAUAAUGCUGAGAAGGAUCCUCCUUCAGUGGAGUCGGAUUCUAAUCAACAAGAUAAGCUUGCUGAUAUCAAUCCAUGUCAUUCUGAUGGGAAGCAGAAUGUAGAUAUGUAUAAUAUCUUCUUGCAGUUGCCCCAAUCUGAUCUUCGGAAUCUGUGCAGUCUUCUUGGUCGUGAAGGGCUUUCGGAUAAAAUGUAUAUGCUUGCUGGUGAGGUGCUGAAGAAGUUGGCGUUCAUUGCUCCCUCCCAUAGGAAGUUCUUUAUUUUUGAGCUUUCAAAAUCAGCUCAUGCAUUGACAGAUUCAGCUGUCAGUGAGCUUGUCACCAUGCAGAAAACAAAUAUGCUUGGCUUGAGCGCUGGUUCUAUGGCUGGUGCAGCCACUCUUCGUGUGCUGCAAGCUUUAAGUUCGCUCACUUCACUUAAUACUUCAGGUGAUGUGGCUAUAGAUAAUGAUGUAGAUUAUCCUGAAGAUCAAGCAACUAUUUGGAAUUUGAAUACUGCACUCGAGCCACUGUGGCAAGAACUGAGUAAUUGUAUAAGUGCGGCUGAGGUGCAGCUUGGUCAGAGCUCUUUCUGCCCUAACAUGUCAAACAUAAAUGUUGCUGAGAAUCUGCACGGUUCUACUACUUCACCACCCCUUCCUCCUGGGACACAAAGACUCUUGCCUUUCAUUGAGGCUUUCUUUGUUUUGUGUGAAAGGCUGCAAGCAAACGAAUCCAUCAUGCAGCAAGAGCAUGGCAAUACAACUGCUAGAGAAGUCACGGAGUCUGCUGGUUGUUCAGCUUCAGUGAGUGUAAAAAUUGGUGGAGAUUCACAGAGAAAGUGCGAUGGCCUUGUUACAUUUACAAGGUUUGCUGAGAAGCAUCGCCGACUUUCAAAUGCUUUCAUUAGACAAAAUCCAAGUUUGUUGGAGAAAUCACUUUCCAUGAUGCUCAAGGCACCAAGGCUGAUUGACUUUGAUAACAAGAGAGCCUAUUUCCGCUCAAGAAUCAGGAAUCAACAUGAUCAGCACUUGUCUGGGCCACUGCGUAUAAGUGUAAGGCGGGCAUACAUUUUGGAGGACUCAUAUAACCAGUUAAGGAUGCGACCUACUCAGGAUCUCAAGGGGCGAUUAAAUGUGCAAUUUCAAGGUGAAGAGGGUAUUGAUGCUGGUGGACUCACCAGAGAAUGGUACCAGCUUCUAUCAAGGGUCAUAUUUGACAAGGGUGCUUUACUUUUCACCACAGUGGGCAACAAUGCGACUUUCCAACCUAACCCUAAUUCAGUUUACCAAACUGAACAUCUCUCAUACUUCAAGUUUGUGGGCCGAGUGGUGGGGAAGGCUCUAUUCGAUGGGCAACUAUUGGAUGUUUACUUCACUCGAUCUUUCUAUAAGCAUAUACUUGGUGUCAAGGUUACAUACCAUGAUAUUGAAGCAGUUGAUCCUGAUUAUUAUAAGAAUUUGAAGUGGAUGCUGGAGAAUGAUGUGAGCGAUAUUCCUGACCUUACAUUUAGCAUGGAUGCUGAUGAGGAAAAGCACAUACUUUAUGAGAAGAACGAGGUCACUGAUUAUGAGCUUAAACCCGGAGGAAGGAACAUAAGGGUUACAGAAGAAACAAAGCAUGAAUAUGUUGACCUUGUAGCUGGACAUAUACUGACAAAUGCCAUCCGUCCUCAAAUCAAUUCCUUUCUGGAAGGUUUUAAUGAAUUGGUACCGCGAGAACUUAUAUCCAUCUUUAAUGACAAGGAGCUUGAGCUACUCAUUAGUGGUCUCCCAGAAAUUGAUUUGGAUGACUUGAAGGCCAACACUGAGUAUACAGGGUAUACAGUGGCAUCAAAUGUUGUUCAAUGGUUUUGGGAGGUGGUCAAAACUUUCAACAAAGAAGACAUGGCAAGAUUGCUGCAAUUUGUGACUGGAACAUCGAAGGUUCCUUUGGAGGGUUUUAAGGCCUUGCAAGGCAUCUCUGGUCCUCAAAGGUUUCAGAUUCACAAGGCAUAUGGAGCUCCUGAUCGACUGCCAUCUGCUCAUACAUGCUUCAACCAACUAGACCUUCCAGAGUAUACCUCUAAGGAGCAGCUUCAAGAACGUUUGUUGCUUGCCAUCCAUGAGGCUAGUGAAGGGUUUGGUUUUGGUUGACCUAUACUUUGGUUUAUUAUUUUUGCACAGCAGUUCUGCCAUUGUGUAUUCGAUGUAUCAUCUGGAGAUGUUCUCUUUUCUCUGUACAGAUGAUGGGACUCGUCUUGGCCGUUAUUCUAUGGUUACUGUUGAGGAAAGGCUCUAUUUGUAGGCACCACAGUGAGGCAUUUUGAUGCUGGUGAUCAAUUUAUUCUGACGCUCUCCCAGUGAAGAUGGCUAGAAUUCUUUCUUUUUUCCUUGUGUAAUUCUGCCAUGCCUAGUUCUGGGGAGCUUUCAAAAUAUGGAUAGCAUCGAUACCGUGUCGAGUUUUGUAAUCUGCUCCAUAUGCAACUUCUAAGGCCAAACAGUCUUCCAUAGUUAGAAUUUGCAAAUAAGAUUGAGGAUGUACAUAUUCUGAAAUACAUAAUUGAUGCUUUUCUCCAGAAAGAAAUGGUUUCAUUCAUUAAAGAGGAGUUUGAAAGAUGAGGUAUUUGGUGCACAGAACAAGUGAUGGCAUGAUGGAACAUGGUUACUUAAUUUUAGCUUUCAGCUGUAAUAUUCCAAUAAUGUAGAUAAAAACUUGAAGGUUCAUUGAUCUUCAGGUUCUGGAUUACAAUUAUAAUGGUAAUACUAUUAUCCUUAUGGUAAGGAUUAGGUUCA